AUGGCGGAGACGGAAGCGACCCUGCUGCGCCAGUUUCCGCUCUUUCUGCCCCAGAACCGGGCGAAAACCGUGUAUGAAGGCUUCAUUUCGGCUCAGGGAAGAGAUUUCCACCUUAGACUGUUGCUGCCCAAAGAUUUACAGCUGAGGAACGCCAGAUUACUAUGUAGUUGGCAGCUGAAAGCAGUACUUAAUGGAUAUCAUCACAUAGUACAACAGAGAAUGCAGCAGUCUCCUGAUCUAGUGAGUUUUAUGAUGGAGUUGAAGAUGCUUUUGGAAGUUGCUUUAAAGAAUAAAAAAGAACCAUAUGUACUCCCUCCUCCUCCCAAGUUCUACUCAAGCCUUAUUGGAGAAAUAAGAGCUCUUGGUUGGGAUAAGCUUGUGUAUGUGGAUCCUUGCUUUAGUACCAUCAAGUUAAAAGCAGAUGUUUCUGGUAGAGAGCAUCUAAUCACUGUCAAGUUGAAGGCGAAGUACCCUGCAGAAUCACCAGAUUGUGUUGUGGAUUUUCCUGUUCCAUUUUCUGUUUCCUGGACACCACAGAGCUCCUUAAUAAGCAUUUAUAGUCAGUUUUUGGCAGCAUUGGAAUCACUGAAGACAUUCUGGGAUGUUAUGGAUGAAAUUGAUGAGAAGACUUGGGUACUUGAGCCAGAAAAACCUACACGGAGUGCUACAGCACGCAGAAUUGUAUUAGGGAAUAACAUUUCAAUAAAUAUAGAGGUAGACCCCAGGCAUCCCACUAUGCUUCCUGAGUGCUGUUUUCUUGGAGCUGACCAUGUGGUAAAACCUCUGGGAAUUAGGCUGAGCAGAAACAUACAUUUGUGGGAUCCAGAAAACAGUCUGUUACAAAAUUUGAAAGAUGUUUUAGAAAUUGACUUUCCAGCUCGUGCUAUCCUGGAAAAAUCUGAUUUUUCUAUGGAUUGUGGGAUUUGUUAUGCCUAUCAACUUGAUGGUGCCAUUCCUGAUCAAGUGUGUGAUAAUUCACAGUGUGGCCAAUCUUUCCAUUAUAUAUGCUUAUAUGAGUGGUUGAGAGGACUACUGACUAGUAGACAGAGUUUUAACAUCAUGUUCGGUGAAUGUCCGUAUUGUAGUAAGCCAAUUACCUUGAAAAUGUCUGGGAGAAAAGCCUGA